UGAAGCCAAGCAGAAGGGUUAUCCAUUUUUUUCUGAUCAGGGUACUGUGUAUGAAACUGAUCCUGCUAUGCUCUGACUAGAUGAAGGUGGGCUUCCUGAAAUGCAUUCACCGAAUGGAAUAAACAACCUUCAUCCUGCAGUUAACGGCUCUUGCAGUUAUGCUGACAGAAAUAGUUGACAAGUCUUCCCACGUGGAUGCAUUUUCUCAGUCUCAACUGACUGUUCAAGAGAGAGAUCAUCUGGGAUCCAACAGAGUCUUCCAUCAGAAAGUCAGUCGUGGUGUUCUUUCCCUCCCACAUCUGGAAGGUCAAGCAAAGCAUGGUUUGGUUGCAGAUGCUGCAAACCCUCUCCCCCUUGAAAGCAGCCUGCCUCAGAUAACAAAUAAGAGCUUGCAGAAUGUCCUCCCCUCUCUUCAGGAAAAUGGAACUCAAGGCAAUUUUUCCCAAUUUAACCUUCCAGACAGUCUUCCUGAAAGUGAUAGCAGAGCCCAGACAAAACCAUCAGAACUGGAAAGCACCAGCAUCAGUGUCAAACUGCCUAUGACAGCUUCAGAAGCCUUGAAAAAUUUUAGAAACCAGUUAACAGUCUAUGAGCAAAAAGAAAUUUUCAAUUAUACAGAGCUAUGGUUUCUUGGGCUGGAAGCUAAAAAGAUUGAAGGUUUGCCUGAAACCCAGAAUAAUAAUUGUUACGAUGAUGAGCAUGGCUCCUACUUAAAGGUUUUACAUGACCAUAUUGCAUACCGAUAUGAAGUGUUGGAGGUCAUUGGGAAAGGGUCAUUUGGGCAGGUGGCUAAAUGCUUGGAUCAUAAAACCAAUGAAUUAGUGGCACUGAAAAUAAUAAGAAAUAAGAAAAGAUUUCACAGCCAGGCUUUGGUAGAAGUGAAGAUCCUUGAUGCUCUCCUGAAGAAGGACAAAGACGAUACUCACAAUAUCAUCCACAUGAAGGAAUACUUCUACUUUCGCAAUCACUUCUGUAUUUCCUUUGAACUGCUGGGAAUAAAUUUGUAUGAGUUGAUCAAAAAGAACAAUUUCCAAGGUUUCAGUUUGUCUUUAAUUCGACACUUCACUCAGUGUGUGCUCAGAUGUUUACAAGUGCUCUACCAGGAAAGAAUCAUUCACUGUGAUCUGAAGCCUGAGAACAUAUUAUUAUACCACAAAGGCCAAGGUUCAGUUAAAGUUAUUGAUUUUGGAUCAAGCUGCUAUGAACACCAAAGAGUGUACACCUAUGUUCAGAGCCGGUUUUAUCGCUCGCCUGAAGUGAUUCUUGGUCAUCCUUAUGCUAUGGCUGUUGAUAUGUGGAGCUUAGGCUGUAUCAUAGCUGAGCUUUACACAGGCUACCCACUGUUUCCAGGGGAAAAUGAAGUUGACCAACUUGCCUGCAUCAUGGAGGUAUUGGGUCUUCCACCAGCUGAUUUUAUCCAGGCUGCAUCAAGGAAGAGAACAUUCUUUGAUUCCAAAGGUUUUCCUAAAUCCAUAACUAACAGCAAGGGAAAAAAGAGAUGUCCAGACUCCAAGGAUCUAAGCACAGUGCUGAAAACCCAUGAUGCUGGUUUCUUGGACUUUCUGAAAGGAUGUCUAAUGUGGGAACCUGCCCUGCGCAUGACUCCCGAUGAAGCAAUGAAGCAUGCAUGGAUCCAGGAACCAAAAAUAUACAGAGCAAAACAGAAAACACAGACUUCAAGGAAGCUGAGUGAUGGCUUUUUAUCUACACCAGAAAAGAAAAAAGAGAAUAUUCAAAAUAUCUGGAAAGAUACGGCUGACAAAGUGAAAAGUGAACUGGCUGAAAGACUGACUCCCACUGUGCCCUCCAUAGGCACAACAGAAAAUGAUGUGCAGAACUCAAGGAAACAUGUUAUUCCAGAGAAACAUUUGGAAACCCAAAUGGAAAAGCCUAUAAAAAAUGAUCAAGCAGAACACAGUGGUGAAACAGGUCUUCCAAAAAAUUCUCUUUUUUUCCCACCAAUUAAGUAAUACAGAGCACAAGCGAUGAUUGAUUCAGUUACAUACCUGGUAUAGUUUGUAGGUAUUAUUUGUACUCAGGAAUAUAAGGUCUAUCUGUCUGUACUUGGGCUGUGCACAUUGUAAGUAUAUUUAAUUUUCAUUUUACCCUGAAAUAGUCCAGGCAACCAAAACAGAAUAUGUAAACCAUUCCUUUGCCUCAUCUACAUCCUUGUGAUCAGAGAUCCUUCACAACCAGCAGCAAUAAAAUGGAGACUGUA